UCCCCUCGUUAAUAAUAUCUCCUCGGAUCGGAGUCGACCAGGAAGACAUGGGCUGAAAGCAAAAGGCGGAGUGCACAAAAUGAUAGGAAGGAGCAGAUUAUCUGUGUGUAAUAAGCUGUCAGGGAGCUAGCGUGGUCGGAGCCAGAUAAGAGUUCAGUAAAGGCUUUAUACACUGUGCGCCUAGCCCCAAGGACGUACGAGGAAGGCAAAUUCAGGCGAGACUGAGGACGAGGUGUACAAGGAUUGGAUGGCAUUUGCCACGGCCGGGGACGGGCUGUUGAAAACCUAGAGAUAUAUGAGCAGCGAACACGGCUGGAUAUCAUGUCUUGACUACAAAAGACUUUUUUUUAUCCGCAGAUAAACUGCAGCAGCGCGCAAAAAGGCCUCGUCCGAUGGAGCAUAGUGUACUUUAACCACAAUAAUAAUCCAGCCACAAACCUCACCGACACACAGGCAACGACGAGGUACGGCAAAGGGGAAGCUUUACUCGCAAUUAAAGGGAUUUAUGGGAUCACAAGUUUCGUCUGAUGAGAUGAGUGUGCGUGCUGGCCAGGGCAGUGAUGAGGUGCUGGUGUCACAGGCGGUGUGGGACUACCUGGCUGCAGCUGGGCGGCCCUGGCUCAUUGACUUCCAGGACAAGCAGGGGAUGAGUGCAGGUAUCAUUAGGAGAGGAGAGAGGGGGGGCUGCUGUGCUGUGAGGCUGCAGCCGGUGGAAGGCUCCAGGAGGGCAGGAGCUGGGGUGAUGGAUGGGCCCAUCUCCAGCGAGACCCGAAAAGCCUUCAUUGACUUAUGCCGCUGUGCCCGCAAAGAAAUGAGCAAACAGGAAGGGGGGCCCAAGAGGAAGCGGACUCUGCUGCCCUGCGUUGGAGUCCUGGAGCCAAAUGGAGAGGGGAGCCUCCUUCCACCACCGCCUCCCCAGCCUCGAAGGUCCCAGAGGCAGCAGCAGAGGUUUAGGAAGCCAGCGGAUGAGGAGGCCUGUGCGAUGCUCCACGAGGCGGCCCAGAGGAAAGACUUGGACCCAGGCAUGGCUUCCCACAGCGAGGCGGAGGACAACACCUCCUGCUCUAUCUGCAUGGGGGACAUCGUGGAGAAGACAACCCUGGAGAGAUGUGGCCACUCUUUCUGUCGGUCUUGCCUUGAUCAAGCCUUCAAGGUGAAGAAAGCGUGUCCUGUGUGUCGGCUAGUGUAUGGCCAGCUGAUUGGGAACCAGCCUGCUAAUGGCAGUAUGAUGGUAGAGAGAGACCCUGACCUUGAGCUCCCUGGGCACGAAGGCUACGGGUGUAUCUGCAUCAUCUACAGCUUCCCUCCUGGCCUACAGGCGCCAGAGCACCCAAACCCGGGUGUCCGGUACCCAGGGACAGACCGUGUGGCCUACCUCCCAGACAGCCCUGAGGGGAACCGCGUGCUGGGCCUGCUGCGCCGGGCCUUUGAACAGCGCCUUAUCUUCACCAUCGGUACCUCCAUGACUACGGGCAUGCAUAACGUCAUCACCUGGAAUGACAUUCACCACAAAACCUCGAUAUGGGGAGGGCCCCGCUGUUUUGGCUACCCAGACCCCACUUACCUGGUACGAGUGACGGAGGAGCUCAGAGAGAAAGGCAUCACGGCAGACUGACAGCGUGAAAAUGCCAGAUUGUUCUAGGACUUUCAAGGACUCGUGACUGUGCUCGCGGUGGACAUGACUAGGCUCCACGUUCUGUUCUGAGACCGCCCAUCCCUGAAAGGACCGCUGAAGAUGAGGCCCUCGGCAGACACACUCCUAAUGCUGCAGCACAGCCCACAUCACCACACUAGUUGUUCUUCUGUUUGUUCAUUAUCCUCGGGAGUUCAGCUUAACCCUGUGCUUUGUGUGGAAGAAAAAUACCUAAGAGUGCAGUGCAUUCUUGUAUAACACAAUCCUCUACCUGUCACUGUUGGCAAUAGGACCGAUAUCUGAUGCACUCUUUAAGAGUAUCAUGACGUGUUGAAAUUUGAGGUACUUAAAUAUUAUUUAGGAUAUCUAAGUUUGAAAUGUUAAGACAAUUUAUGUUAUAUUAAUGUUUAUUUUUAUGCUGGGGAUUGCAUUAUUUGUUCAAAGCACACCUUUUUGGUUUUACCUACCCCAGUAAUAUUUGUUGAGUAUGUCUCUGAUUUGAUUGUUAAUAAUUACCUGUCGUAAGGAUGGCACUUGGAUCACAUGGCAGAAUAGCACUGCUUCAAUAGAAAGAAUUAAUUCUCUGAAGUUAAUUGCAAUCUAAAGCAUUCACAGGCACUUUGGUGAGGGAGGCUGUUUUUCAGUGAAGUAGGAGUCAUGGUUUUCGCUUCCUCUCCAUGGGAGUGUGCUCGGGGCAAACACACAUUUGUGCAGCCAUGAGCUGUUCGCUUGGUGGCUACAAGCUGAUGUCAGUCGCUUAGAGCUUUUCAUCUGCGUUUGAUCUUCUCAUCUUCACUUUUUCUUAAAUAUGAAGAAUGUUACUCUCUCUCAUUGCAGCACCUUUCGUUGUAUGUAUCUAGACCUCCCCCUUUGGUUCCUUUGCAGUCGUUAAUCCCCAUUAUUUAAUGAUGUCUCCCAGAUUUUGAGCCCAUCACUUCAGUUGUUAGUAGUGUGCUCAUCUAAUUACCAGAUUUACAACGAUGUCAAAUGCAAAGGGCAUAUAGACCACUAAAACCAAAUCGAAGGCACAAAAGCUCUUUAAACAUCUAUGCCUCUGUCCCUGUAAAGCUGGGAGACCUGCCUGUUCAUUUUCUCAUUCAAAAUGAAGUAACUGCUGUAAAUUUGUCUAUCAGAAUAGAUAAUCUAUGAUCACAGUGAAAACCCAACAAAAGAAAAUGUUGCGGGAACAAUUGCUAUUGAUUUGAUUUUGGGUGGGUAGGCGGGGAGGGAUUUAUCUCAUUUUGUUGUGCCUUUCUUAUAUUCAAUUUUGAUAAAAUCAAGCAUGAUGUUACUAAUGAAUGGUAAGCAGUUCAGGCGUGUUUCAGUGUUAUUUGAUAAGUCAGCAGCAUUAUGUUUGUAGCUAUAUUAUCUGGCUUUAAGUAAAAAUACCACACAGUUCAUGAGAAUAUGUAUACUGAUGUGUAUUUAAAUUAGCUGCUCAUUCAUAAAAAUCCUUGUAGUCCAAAAGCUUAAAAAAAAGAAAGAAAAAAAAGUCACAAAUGAUAAAGCUAUAUGUGUGAAAGUGCUUCGCUAAGUGCAGUAACCGGCUUGACUAGUGGUAAGUCUGUCAUUAAUUUAAUUAGUCAGAUCCAUACAUCUAAUAACCUUUCCUAAUUUUUCCAUCACCUUUGUAUUUUUGUUAUGGGACCAACUCAAAUAUUUUUGGGACACAGGAUUGUAGUUUACUAAAAGCUACCGUGCAAACAUUUCUAUGCAUAACAUGAUUGAGAAGGAGCCAGGAGACUGAGAGGUUGGAGGGAUUGCACAUUGUAAAUUGAUUGUUAACAAAAAGUUGGAGUUUUGCUUUUCUAAUUGCGUUGAUUCGUACCUUGAGUCAGUUGAUAUUAAAAAAAAAAAUGUGCUUUACAUUUUAAUACUUGAAUAAAGAGUUAUGUUUCGGUU